GGCGAGGGAGGCUCGAGCCUCCGGUUUUGUGCCGUCGCCGCCCCAGGCCGCACGGGGGGCCCCAUGUCGUGGCGAGAGGAGCCGACCUUCAAGAAGCCGCCCGCGCCCGCCGAGAGAACUCGAGACGGGCCUUUGUUGCCGAGCGCCGUUUGCCACGUCUGGUGGCCCUCGCUGGGCCCCGGGGCCGUCGAGCGACGGCCCCGCGGGGCGACAAGCCGGUCCCGGGAAGCGGUCCAGAGCUCCAGGUGCUCCGUGCUGAGGUCGGCAUGGCCGUGGUGGGCACGGAGGAGUCGACCUUCAAGAAGUCGUCCGCGCUCACAGACGAGGAGAAGGAGUACCUCAAGCUGGCCAAGAAGCUCCGGGACGUGCUGAAGCUGGAGGAGCGGGCCAAUGGCGGGGAGAAGUUGGAGACGCUGCAGCAGGAGAAGGUGGCCUCCAAGGGCGCCAUGCUGAAGGAGGUGGUGGCUCUCGCCGACAUAGCCGACCUCCUGCCGCGCGAGGUGGUCGAGAAGAUCGGGCAGAAGCGCGAGCAGGACCAGAUCAAGCGCGAGCAGAGGGCGGUGCGCGAGGACGGGCCGCCGCCCUCUCCCGCCGCAGGGCCAGAGGCGUCGACGGAAUUGGUGGGUAUAGCUGGCCACGUCAUGGCGGCCGGCGGGGAUGCCCUGGGAGCAGUUGGGCAGGCCCGGACGCUGUCCGUAACGGGGCCGCAGCAGAUAGCGCUCGGCGCGGAUAAGCUCAUGUCAGCCAUGGUGACCUUCGCCGGGCACACGGGGGCCGUCUGGGACAUCGACGUGUGCGAGGCGUCGCCUGCUGGGCCGUGCAGGCUCGUCUCGGGUAGCGCCGAUGGCAGGGUCAACUUCUGGAAUGCGGACACCAAGAAGCGGGGUCUCCCAGAUGGGGUCACAUCUGGGCGCCCGCUGCCCGCGUCUUUUGCAGACGUGGAGGCCAAUGUGUGCGAGAGCCUGUUCUGUGGGCCCUCGGAGUGGAUGUCCCCGGACUUCCUUAAAGCCCUCACGUCGUUCGCCUUCUCGAGGAGCUCGUUCGACGUCCGCUGGUCGUCUGUGGCGGCCCGGGCUCGCGUGGCGCAGUUCGUGGACUCGGCCAACGGAGGCCCCAGAGUGCAGCAGCGCGCAAGGGCGCCUCGAAAGGCUAUCAACCACCCUGGCAACGCCGCCCUGGCAGUCAGAUUGCUGCCCUGGUUGUCCAAGAUCUCUUCUCGCUGGCCGACGCCGUGCAACAGGUGCGAGCCCGGGAGCGCCAACUCCAAGUGGAAGUGUCUUUUGGCGCCGCGGCACUCUGUUGGCACGGUCGCCGCCCCCACGUCGUCGAUGGAACACGGCGGCAUCGUCCGGGUGCUGCGCUGGUGCCCGUUCGACGACCUGCAAGAUGGGGCCGCCGGCAGGCGGUUCGCCAGCGCGUCCGAGAAGCUGGGCUCCACGCCGGCCAUGAUUUGCGUCUGGCGCGUGGGCAACCGGGGCGCCCCGGAGAAGGUGCUGCAGCUGGACCAGCUGCCGACGAAGGCUAACGACCUUAGGCGGCCUCGGCGCGGCCCUGCCCGCCUCAUCCUAGCAGCAUCGGCCUCCGCAGCCAGCCUCACCACCCAAGGGCUGUACGACUCUUCUCCAGUUCACCUCGGCGGCAGUCUCAGGCAAGAUAGAUCCAUCGAAAUGAAAAACGCGACAUAACCAUAAACUGUCGCGCGGAGUCCUCGAAUCGGCGUUGGCCGGUCCACGAAAUCCGCGCGGACGCUCG